AGCAUCCAAGAUCCUGCAGAGCACUAGCGCGCUAGGAUUACAUCUACUAGUCCGCCCAAAAGCUCGCAGAACACCACACCCGAUGGCGGGACAAGGAGUAUCGCAACCCGGACUUGUCGGUGCUGCAGCGACGCGCGAUGCCGACUUCUGGUUCGAUGACGGGAACGUCGUACUCGUGGCGCACGACGUCGGGUUCCGUAUUUAUAAAGGCAUUCUCACCAAGAACUCCCCAGUCUUCGACGACAUGUUCUCGUUCCCCCAACCCACAUCGAUGCCACCUCCCUUUGACACUGCCACGGACCCUUGCCCCAUUGUCCAUCUCCCCGAUUCCCCGGAGGAUUUGCGGCACAUCCUGCGAGUCUGCAUGCCCAACAGCGGUACAGACAGCUCGUUCAAGCUGAGCAACCCUUCAUUCCACAUGGUCUCUGCGGUCAUCCGUCUCGGCCACAAGUACCAAAUGAACGAUCUCGUCAGCGACGCAGUGGCGUACCUGAAGCGAUACUACACGUCCAUCUUCGACGAGUGGGCUACGGGCCGGCUCUACGCCCCGGGCGCGCCGUUCCAGAAGGUCCACGCGAUCGGCGUUGUCAACCUCGCCCGCCUUGUCGACGAGCCGCUCUUGCUCCCCACCGCACUCCUCAUGUGCUGCUCGCUCGGCAGGGACAUCACGACAGGAUUUGUCCGGGAGGAUGGCACGCGCGAGACGCUCCCGCUGGAUGACAUCGGCCGGUGCUUCGCAGCGCGCACGCAUCUCACGAAGCAGAUGAUCCUCAUCCUCUUCCACAUCUUCCAUCCGUCCACCUCGAAUGGCUGCACGACACAUUCGACGUGUCAGGGGGGACUGCAGACGAUGCUCCACAACGCACGGGCGGCCCUCAGUCAGAUCGCGCAUCCGGACGUGUAUCGCUCGUUCGUGCACGCAUUCGGGCCAUGGUUGGUCUGUACGAGUUGCAAGGAGAUGGUCAUGAAGCGCGAUGUGGACUCGCGGGCGGACUCUUGGUACCAUCUACCUAAAUUCUUCGAGCUCCCCUUGGAAUAUCCAGAGUGGCCUGGGACGCCGCUGAUCCCGAAGGUGCUUGACCCUGGUAAUGAUUUUUGGGCUGGAUUGGACUCGGACUGAACAAUGUACUCUUGCUGUAUGUUGAAGCUUUGUACCGCAACAGGUUUUCUAACAUGCGACUUGUU